AUGCACGGGCGCCACGUGAACCUCUGCGGGGCCGAGGCAGUUGAUGUCAGGGCAGUUAAGAGAUGGCAACAUCACCGCCUAUCCUCCUCCUCCUCAAGAUUUGCCGCCCACUCGCACGAAACCCAAGCAAUAAACGAGCACAAGAACCCCAAAGCAAGACGGCAAGCACGCCUCAUUCCCCGACGCAGCAGCGGGUGUGAGGCGCCGCACGAUCCGCUUUAUGAAUGUUUGAUUCAGGAGCCGCCCGCCCGCGCCGCCCCGCCGCCCGCCCGUGCCGACGUCCGCCGCCCGCCCGUGCCGCCGCCGCCGCCCGCCGUGCCGACGUGUCGCCGCGCCCGCCCGUGCCGCCCCCGACGCGCCCGCCCGCCCGUGCCGAACGUCGCCGCCCGCCCGUGCCGACGCCGCCGCCCGCCCGUGCCUUCGCCGCCGCCCGCCCGUGCCGAUUCGCCGCCCCGUGUCAGGCGGACAGGCUCUUGCACUCGGAAGGGCCACCGCCCUUCGCGCCGUCUCUACGCGUCGCGGGUUCAUGACGGAAAGCAAAACCCAGAGAUGUCGCCACCGUCUGGUCAGACAACGUUCUCCUCUCUCCCCAUACACAGAGACGUCAAGCAGCAGCGAACAGGAGAACGCAGAAAAUCAGAGACAGAGGGCAGGGUCACAGGGGGGCGCAGCGACGGAAGAGCGACAGCAGAAAUAGAAUUAGAAUCAUUAUAUCCAUAUUUCGGGCCGGAUGUCGGGGAAGGGGUUCAGUCCACACCUGUUAUCACCUGUAAUCAUGUCUAA